UUACUAGACCAGUUGAUGGGAAGCUGUGCCUGGGUCCUGCUCCCUCCACCUCCCAGCUGUGUAACCUGCCAUGCCCGUCCGAGUGCGUGGUGUCUGCCUGGUCGGUGUGGGGCUCCUGCCUUCAAGAGAACUGCCAGGACCGCCACGGACGAAGAGGCUUUAGAAUGAGACAAAGGCAAGUGAUCGUAGAUCCUGUAGGCACCGUGGCAGGUUGUCCACAUUUAAUUGAAUCUAUUCCUUGUGAAGACCCGAUGUGUCAUGAGUGGAUUGUUUCAGAAGGAACAUGUGUGACUUACCAUGGAAAAUGUGGACCUGGAAACCGCGUCCUGAAAGCUGUAUGCAAGAACAGGAAAGGUGAAGAAGUACCACAUCACCUCUGCUCAGAGCUUCCCCAUCCUGAAGUUGUGGCUUGUGAAAUCCCUUGCGCAACAGACUGUGUCAUCAGUGAGUGGUCCCCGUGGUCCCCGUGUUCCCACUCAUGCUCCAGUAAAAAUGCUGAGGGAAGUCAAAGCAGGACUAGGUCCAUCGUGGCCCUUCCAGCUGAGGGUGGAAAAACCUGUCCCCCUGACCGAGCCCUGCAGGAGCACCGUGCCUGUAAUGAUCACCCAUGCGUGCAUUUCUUCUGGGAGACUUCUCCCUGGAGCUCUUGCUCUGAAGAUGUUCUGGGAACUGCGCUUAAUGCAACCAUUAAUUGGAGCGGAGAAGCCACUUGUGGAGUGGGUGUACAGACAAGGAAUGUCUUCUGUGUGAAGAGCAGUUCUGGCCAGGUCACACCUAAAAGAUGUCCAGAGUCCAUCAGACCUGAGACUGUGCGGCCGUGUCUCCUCCUCUGCAAGAAAGACUGCAUUGUUACUCCUUUCAGUGAGUGGACUCGCUGCCCAACAGCAUGUCAGCCUGGCAAUGCCACUACAGCUAAGCAGUCCCGGUAUAGGAUUAUUGUUCAGGAUGCUGCCAAUGGGGGACAGGCAUGCCCGGACACCUUGUAUGAGGAAAGAGAAUGUGAAGAUAUUCCCAUCUGUCCAGUGUAUAGAUGGAAGACCCACCACUGGAGUCACUGUGUGCUGGUGCCGGAUUCGGUGAGACAGGCUGUGCUGGGACAGAGUGAGGCGUGUGGACAUGGUUUGCAGUCAAGGGCUGUUACAUGCCUGUCAGAGCACAACGACUCUGCCAGUGUUGGUGACUGCAUGCAGUGGGCAGGAGCUAUGCCAUCUCUCGUACAGGAGUGUCUCAUUCCCUGCAAAGAUGACUGCGCGUUUACCCCCUGGUCUAAAUUUACAGCAUGCUCGUUUGACUGUGAAUCAACUCGAAGUAGGAGACGGUCACUCACAGGGCGAAGCAGAAAGCGAGACAAAUGCCAGAAUACAGAAGUUUAUCCUCAAGUUGAAACAGAGCUGUGCCCCUGUGAGGUGUUUACCUCCCAGCCCCACGGAAAUUGGUCCGACUGCAUUAUCAGAGGAGGUACAUCCGAGCUGCAGUGGGGAACGCGAUCCCACGGAGAUGCCAAGGAGUGUGGCGAGGGGGUGCAACUGCGAGCUAUUGCCUGUUACGAUAAGACUGGCAGACUUGUGGAACCAUCUCGCUGUAGCAGUUCGGGUUACAUUGAAGAAUCUUGCACGGUCCCUUGCCCGUUUGAUUGCAAAUUAAGCGAUUGGUCCAGUUGGUCCCCUUGCAGUUCUUCUUGUGGACCAGGGGUGAAAGUCCGAUCCAGGUGGCUUAAGGAGAAGCCUUACAAUGGAGGUCGUCCCUGCCCAAAGCUGGAUCUCAAGAAUCAG